UACUUCAAUUUCCACUUCAAGGUUCAUAAAACCUGUCGAUCAAUCGCAAAUUAUUUUACCAUGCUCAAAACUCCAAGAAUGCUCUAGCUCCUUUGUUGUUGUAUUUCUGCGUUAACUGAGGAUGGCUCGUUUGGCGAGCUUGAUAGUGUUGCUUCUUCUCCAUCUGGUGGUGCAUAAGACGACCUCGCAUUCGGGCAGUGGACCACACAUUGCCGAUGUCAACAUUCUCUUGCCUCCGAAAAUGACUUAUCCCGUGGAGUACCGACUCCAAGGAAGUGAUGGUUGCUUCAAAUGGUCAUGGGAUCAUCACGAUAUUCUCUCUGUUGUACCUGAAUAUAAUUUAAGUAGUCACUGCUCGACGAGUGCGCGCUUGAAAUCAGUUGCCCCAUAUAGUGGCCGGAAAGAAACUGCAGUUUAUGCUGCUGAUGUACACACCGGGAUUGUAAUUCGCUGCAAAGUUUUUAUUGACAACUUUUCCCGUAUUCAGAUAUUUCAUAAUUCCAUCAAACUUGAUCUUGAUGGGCUUGCUACUCUUCGUGUUCGUGCCUUUGAUAGUGAAGAAAAUGUGUUUUCAUCAUUAGUUGGCCUGCAAUUCACUUGGCAGUUAAUUCCUGAAACUGGUGGAUUGCCUCAUCACCUUGUUCAUGUUCCCUUGAAGGAGUCUCCACUGAGUGACUGUGGCGGAUUGUGUGGUGACUUAGAUAUCCAGAUUGAACUUGAGGACAGCGGUGUAUUUUCAGAUUUGUUUGUAGUAAAGGGGAUAGGAAUUGGUCAUGAGAAUGUUUCUGUGAAUUUGCUUGAGCCACAAUUCAAUCACAUGGGUGAUGAGAUUGUUUUAACUGUAGCUGAAGCCAUGUCACUUGACCCUCCCUCACCUGUUUUUGUCCUCAUUGGUGCUAUGCUUCAAUAUGUUCUCAAAGUUAUCCGCGGAAAUUAUCCUCAAGUGGUCAUGCUGCCAUCUCCACAUCACCGUUGGUCUGUUUCAAACUCUACGGUUGCUCAAGUAGACCCUAUGGUGGGCUUAACGCGUGCGUUAAGCUUAGGGGUGACAGUUGUUGUUGUUGAAGAUACCAGGGUUGCUGGCCACAUACAAAUGUCAUCACUUAAUGUAGUCCUACCUGAUACUCUAUCUCUAUAUUUAUUGCCCUUAUCUUCUACUGGUGAUCCUAUAAAUGGGGUUGAGCCUAUUCCACCCGUUGCACAUUGGUAUGUUGUUGCUGGCCGUCAAUACCUUAUUCAAAUGAAGGUUUUCUCACAAGGUCCUGGUGCACAGGAAAUCUACAUUACCGAGAAUGAUGAUGUUGAGUUGCAUGACAAGCAGUCUGAGUACUGGAAAACUUUCUUGGCCCCAGAUAAUGUCAUGCCCCAACAUGGAUGGAAGAAUGCUAGAAUACUAGAAGCAACUUCACAUGGAAUGGGGAAAUUGACUUCUUAUUUGAGUUAUUUUACUGGGCAUCAUGAUAGAAAGAAGGUUCUUAAGGUUGUACAAGAGAUAUUUGUCUGUAACCAAGUGAGGUUUAGUUUGGACAAAAUGACUGGGACAUCUCAAGGCAUUAUCCUUCCCUGGGCGCCUGCUGUUUAUCAGGAAAUAGAGCUCAGGGCUACAGGAGGUUGUGCAAAAACAUCUAGUGAUUACAAAUGGUUUUCCUCAGACAUGACUAUUGUGUCAAUAUCUGCUUCUGGAGUUCUUCAGGCUAUGAAGCCUGGUAAAGUGACUAUAAAAGCAGUAUCCAUUUUUGAUCCACUCAAUUUGGAUGAGGUCGUCGCUGAAGUUUCUGUUCCUGCAUCCAUGGUGAUGCUUCCAAACUUCCCAGUGGAGACUGUUGUAGGGUCACAUCUGCAAUCUGCAGUUACAAUGAAAGCCCCAAAUGGUGCCCAUUUUUAUGCUUGUGAUGCUUUUAGUUCUUAUAUAAAAUGGAAAGCUGAAAGCCAGUCUUUCAUUGUUGUCAAUGGAACAAAGGAGUCAUUCCCCUUACUUAAGCAAGGAGAUACUCCGCUUAGUACAUCAGAACAUGGUCCUCCAUGUUCAUGGACUUAUAUCUAUGCUUCUGGUCCUGGUCAAACUAUGCUGCAUGCAACGCUCUUGAAAGAAUAUCAACAUGAUCUUUCGUAUCAUGGGCCUACUAUCUUAAAAGCAUCUUCACGUAUUGCAGCAUAUCCACCACUUGUUGUGCAUCAGGUAGGGGAUGGAAGCCGGUUUGGUGGUUACUCAUUUGGCUCAGCUCUAGUGGGAGUUGAUAAAGUACAUGAAAAUCUAAAGAAAUUAUAUCUCGUCCCUGGAACACAAUUAGAUGUUAUACUUCUUGGAGGACCUGAUCGGUGGGAUGAUGGUGUUGAUUUCAUUGAAACUGUAGAAAUUUUAAAUGACAAGCAUGCUCUGGUUGGUGAUGGAAUUCAUGUACACCUGCUUCCCGGCAACCAUGAGACUUUGUCCAGAAUUUUUUGCGAAACUUUGGGAACCUUUAAACUGGUUUUCAAGCGUGGAAAUUUGGUUGGGGAUGAUCAUCCUGUGCCUGCGAUAGAAGAAGUUUCUUUGUCUCUCAUAUGUGCCUUUCCUUCAACAAUUGUACUUAUAGUUGAUGAACCUGUUAAUGAACGUGACGCUAUACAGACUGCAAUUCAAGCUGACCGUGCCUCAGGGAGAGUUCGUGUAACCCCUGUUACUGUGGCAAAUGGCCAACGGAUUCGGAUUGCUGCAGUUGGAAUCACUGACUCUGGAGAAGCUUUUGCAAACUCUUCCUCUCUUAGUUUAAGCUGGGAGCUGAGCAGUUGUGGUGGUCUGGCAUAUUGGGAUGAUAAUGAUCCACAGAUGGCUAGAUGUAAAUGGGAGAGGUUUCUGGUCUUGCAAAAUGAAUCAGGACUGUGUGUUGUUCGUGCAACUGUUGUUGGUUUCUGUGAUUCUCUUGCCGGUUACUAUUCUUCUCAGUUGCCUGGAAUUUUAGUAAACACAAUUACCGAUGCUGUUCGUUUACAGCUUGUUUCCUUGCUAAGCAUAAACCCAGAGUUCAGCUUGUUGUUUUUCCACCCUAAUGCUCAGGCAAAUCUUUCAAUUAAUGGGGGGAGCUGUUUUCUGGAAGUCUCCGUGAAUGAUUCUAAAGUAGUCGAGGUUGUUCAACCCUCCCCGGUUUUGCAAUGCUCACAAUUGAUGGUGUCUCCUAAAGGAUUGGGAACUGCUCUCGUGACAGUUUAUGACAUAGGUCUUUCUCCUCCAGUUGCAGCAUCUGCAGUGGUCCAAGUUGCUGAUGUAGACUGGCUUGAGAUUGUGUCUGGAGGAGAAAUAAACCUUAUGGAAGGGAUGUCUCAAUCAAUUGCACUAGUGGCUGGUAAUAAUGAUGGAAACACUUUCAGCUCUUCUCAGUAUGCAUACAUGAAUAUUCAUGUGCAUAUUGAGAAUCAUAUUGUUAAACUAGUAGACAAUGAUAUCUCAAGCCCUGGUGGUGGACAUGUCAGCGCACCAAACUUCACAAUUGUGGCUCAACACCUUGGCAUCACCACCCUUUAUGUCAGUGCAAGACAGCAAUCUGGACUUCAAAUAUUGAGUCAACCAAUAAAGAUUGAGGUUUAUCCACCUCCACUUAUUCACCCGCAUGAUAUUUUUCUGGUACCUGGUGCAUCAUACGUGCUUACUGUGGAAGGAGGCCCAUCAAUUGGUGUAUACAUCGAGUAUGCGAGCUUGGAUGACAAAGUGGCAACUGUUGACAGAUCUACAGGAAAACUGCUGGCAAUUCUACCUGGAAACACUACCCUCCUUGUCACACUUUACGGGAAUGGAGGUGGUGUUAUUUGUCAAGCUCAUGGUAGCGUUAAAGUAGGAGUCCCUUCUUCCGUGGUGUUGAAUGUGCAAAGUAAACAGCUCAGUAUUGGCAAUGAUAUGCCAAUAUAUCCCUUCUUCCCUGAGGGAAAUUUGUUUUCCUUUUAUGAGCUCUGCAAAGAUUACAAAUGGACUGUGGAAGAUGAAAAGGUUUUGAGGUUCCAUGUAGCGGACCAUGGGGUCCCACUUGCUGAUCUGGUGGAAGUUCAACCUGGUUAUUUCGAUGUGAACCAACUUGAUUUUGUCAAAGUGUUGUUGGGAAGAUCUGCAGGCCGGACCAAUGUUGCUGUUACAUUUUCUUGUGAUUUCCUUUCUGAUUCAUACUCACAGUCCAGGAUUUACAAUGCAUCAGUAUCAAUAUCGGUGGUGUCUGAUCUGCCUCUUGCUCUUGGAGUUCCAAUUACAUGGGUUCUUCCUCCCCGCUAUACUACAUCUGCUCUCUUGCCUUCUUGUACGGAAACACAGAUUCAAAAGAAUAUGCAAGGUUGCAAAGGAGCUAUUACAUAUUCUUUAUUGAGAGCUUGUGGCGAACAUGAUAAAGUUUCACACAAUGAUGCUAUCUCCAUUGAUGGGGAUAAAAUCAAAACAAUGGAGAGUAACAACCUCGCAUGCAUUCAGGCGAAAGAUCGCAUCACUGAGCGAAUUGAGAUUGUUUCUUGUGUCAGGGUUGCUGAGAUUGCUCAAAUAAGAACUACAAGCAAGGACUUUCCAUUCCAUGUAAUCAAUCUUGCUGUUGGUGCUGAACUUGAACUUCCAAUAAGCUAUCGCGAUCCUCUAGGAAAUCCUUUCUACGAAGCACAUAAUAUCGUUCUCUAUCAUGUGGAAACUAAUUAUCCUGACAUUGUGUCUGUGGACAACACAAGCAAUGGAAGUGGGAAGGUUCAUCUUAAGGUGCUGAGACAUGGUAGAGCUCUUGUUCAAGUGUCAAUGAGCAGUAACCCACAGAAGUCAGACUAUAUAUUGAUUUCAGCUGGUGCCCAUGUACAUCCUCAAAAUCCUGUGCUUCGCGUGGGUAGAAAUCUUAACUUCAGCAUAGCAGGUGGUGACAGUCAAGUUUCUGGCAGCUGGCUUAGUGCAAAUGAGAGUGUAAUAUCCAUAGACAUGCCAUCUGGAAAAGCUGAGGCCAUUGGGGUAGGCUCAACCAAAGUGUUUUUUAAAUGUCCAACUAUGAAGCUUCAAACCAAAAUUGAAGUGCUGCCAAGAGAUGUUAUUUCUGUGGAUGCUCCAAAUGAGUUGCUGACAAAUGUUCCUUUACCCACAAAAGGAUACAGGUUCCCUUUGAAGUUCAGCAGGACAUAUGACGAGUUUGAAGCUCUUGAAAAAGGUAGGGGAGUCCCAUAUGACUGUGAGGUGGAUCCUCCUUUUGUGGGGCACGCAAAGCCAUGGAUGGAUCUUGAGACUAGUUACUUCUAUUGCCUGUUUUUCCCAUAUUCGCCAGAGGACUUGGCACGUUCUGCACCUAAGUCUAGGAACAAGAAGCCAUAUGUAUCAGUUUCCAUCAAUGCAUCACUGAAAGAAGCGAAAAAUGUUUCUGGAUCUGCAUCUGUGCUUUUUAUUGGAGGAUUUUCAGUCUUAGGAAUGCACAAGAACUCAAUGCAAUUGGAUCUGACUCCUGACUCUAACGAGACUAUUAUAACUAUCUUAGGAAAUACAGAUGUUGAAAUCUUUUGGCAUGACCAGGAUUCAAUUGCCAUUACCCCAAUCUACAAAGAAGAUUUUGGCGUUGGUGGGCAUGCACAGUACAAGGUCAAAGUGAUACGCCCUAGGAGAUUCAAGGAUAAAAUCAUUAUCAUGCUCCCAGCCAAUGGUCAGAGAGCCGAAAUAGAUGUCAACUGUGAGCUUGGUGAACAAGCAGCAUCAGAAACUUCGAUCAGUGUGUCUCCAUGGGCAAGUGUAGCUGCUCUUUUCUUCCUUCUGGUAUUGACCGUUGGUAUCUUCAUAUGCUUCUUAGACAAGCGGCCUAACAGAUCUCAGCCAUCAAUGCGGUCUACCUCUCAAAGUAUCUCAGCACCUGUUACACCUGAGCGUCCUAGUAGUGUUGUCUUGAAUGAACAGUCUCCUCGAACACCUCCUCCUUUUGUAGAUUAUGUGAGGAGGACAAUAGACGAAACUCCAUACUACAAACGUGAAGCUAGGAGGAGGUUUAAUCCGCAGAAUACUUUUUAAAUUCCAUAUUUCUCAGUUAGUAAUUGGAUCAUAGGACUGCUCUUAGGAUAUUUAUGAUAUUGACAUGUUUUAAAAAAUUUUGUUGCAUGUCUACUCAGAUAUUCUCAUCUAGGUCUGUGUUCUUUCUUCUUGGCUUUUUUUUUGGGUUAGAUUAGAUAUGGCUUUAGUUAAUGUAGAAUUACGGAGGUUAUGGUCUUGCAUUUGUUGAAAUCUAUGAUAGCCGUUUCCAUAAUUUCUUUUUCAUUUUUACCUAUACAAUUUUCGUGGAAUUCGCUUUGGUGUUAUUGCUAGUCUCUCAUUCAUG